GUCUUCAGUUCUGUUGAUACGGCGGCUGCCGCCAUAGGGGAGGGAGCGGGAUUCUAUUUUUCACCAGCCGGCCGCUCAGAAGAAAGAGGGACGGAGCCGCGUGUUGAGGUUUGGGCGCAAAUGGAAACGCACACCGCUGGAAAGGACGUUGGCGGCUUUGACGGUUGGGAAAAGGCAGCGGCGCAGAAGGCAACAACACCAACACCACCGGAGACCUUUCUGAAAGAAGAGGGUGUUGGUGUUGAAUCGAAGGGAGAGGAAAAACGGAGAGACCAGGCGUUUUACGCUGACCCUUUUGAAGGGAAUAUUUUGCACAAGUGA